AUGUCCUUUCAAGAAAUUGGUGUGGCUUUUGCGCGGCAGUACUACGAGUUUUUCUCGAAGAGCCGCGACCAACUUGCCGGUGUGUAUCGUUCCAAUUCGCUCAUGACGUGGAUGGGAGAGCAGCUGCAGGGCGGCGCAAGUAUCAUGGCACGUUUUGCCAACCUUGGCUUCAACGAGGCUAUUUUCAAGGCAGAAGACAUCGAUUGUCACCCUUCACUCAGUAACGGCGUGCUGGUUGUUGUGAAUGGCGAGGUACUACUGAAAGAUGAACGGCACCCGCUGAAGUUCAACGACGUCUUUCACCUGGCACAAGAAAAUGGCCAGUGGUACAUCUCGAACCAAAUCUUUCGUAUAGUCGGUGGGGGCGGCCAAUAA